AUGUCGUCGUUGGGAACGUCCAAGGGGAUCCUGGAGAUCACCAAGUUCGGGGUGUACGUCGCCGUCCCCGUUACCCUCACCUACCUCGUCGCCACUGACUCCAAGGCCAUCAAGAAGCUCAUGGGCCUCCGUCCUUAUGUGGUUUACCCACCAGAAGGCCCACGACCACCACCGCCCGAAGAACUUCGUGAAAGGGCUCGGGAGAUAGCUCGCAGCAGAAGACAAGAAUAA